AUGGACUCCCUGGUCGACCUCAACGACGUCUCCAAGGCGUUGGAUCUCUCUCGGAUCCGUUACCAGCUGAUCCGCCUCGAGGACACCAUCACCUUCCACCUGAUCGAGCGGGCGCAGUUCGCGCUGAACAAGAACAUCUACAUUCCCGGGGCCCUCGCCAUCCCCGCCAGCAACCUGAGCUUGCUGAAUUGGUACCUCCGCGAGCAGGAGAAACUGCAGUCGCUGAUCCGCCGCUACGAGUCGCCCGACGAAUACCCCUUCUUCCCCGACGCCGUUCAGAAGCCCAUCCUACGCCCGCUGAACUACCCGCCCAUCCUACACCCCAACGACGUGGUAGUCAACGACAAGAUCCGCCGCUUCUACGUCGAUAUUUUCCUGCCCGCCGUGUGCCCGGACUUCGGCGGCCGGGGCGACAGGGGGGAGAGCCAGGAAAAUUACGGAUCGUCGGCCACCUGCGAUAUCGCCUGCCUGCAGGCGCUGUCGCGGCGCAUCCACUUCGGCAAGUUCGUUGCCGAGUCCAAGUUCCGCUCCGACCGGCCGCGCUUCGAGCGCCUCAUCCGCGCCGCCGACCGCGAGGGCCUGGCCGAGGCUAUCACCAACUCGGCCGUGGAAGAGAAGGUUCUGGCGCGGCUGCGGCUGAAGGUUAUGACUUACGGGACCGACCCGUCUCUUGGAGCGGACGGUACCCCGGAGGGUCAGCCCAAGAUUGAUGCGGAUGCCGUGGUUGCCAUGUACAAGGAUUUUGUGAUACCCUUGACGAAGGAGGUGGAGGUGGAGUACCUCAUGCAAAGACUCGAACCGGCCAAUCCCUCAAGUGAUCAGUAG